GUUCGUAGCCUUUGUCAGGCCCGGGAUGGGAGGUUCCAGCCUCGCGGCACCGAGCCAGGCUCGAGAGUGAGGAAGAAACCCGACCCGACCAGAUCGAAACCUUUCAGCGGAGCCCCCCGAGGGAAGGCAGGAGGGAGGACGACGAGGCCACGGAGGCUUCUCACUGUUCGGCCCAGAGAAGUCUGAACUGGCGGGGGAGAUCGGAACCGGGAGCAGGUGGUGAUCAUGGAGACCGAUGUGCACGAGAAGAGAGCUCUGUCUUCCCAGGAUGCUCCCCUUUCCCAAGAGCAGAGCACAGAAGAGGGGGAAGUGGCAGCUCUGCGACUCACAGCUAGAUCCCAGGCAUCAGUGACAUUCAAGGAUGUGGCCAUGGACUUUACCCCAGAGGAGUGGGGGAAGCUGGAUCCUGCCCAAAGGGAGGUGAUGCUGGAGAACUAUAGGAACCUGGUGUCGCUUUGGCUUCCAGUUUCCAAAUCUGAGAACUACAGUUUGGAGAGCGGAAAAGAACCACUGAUGCUUGAGAGAAAAGCCCCCAAAAGCAGCUAUUCAGACCUGGAGGCUAAACCCGAGGGCAAAGAUUCAACUUCAGCACAAGAUAUUUCCAAAGAAGAAUCAUGCCAAGCCGCAGUAAUAGACAGACUGACAGGAAACGGUGUCUAUGACUCCAGCUUGGAAACAACUCUUGAAUGUGAAAAUUGGUUAGAGAAUCAGCAAGGAAAUCAGGAGAGACCCUUGAGAGAAAUGUUCACCCAUGUGAAUUCACUCCCCGAAGAAGGAGCUCAUGAGCAUGACGUAUAUUGGAAAAACUUUGGUCAGAAGUCUGUUCUUCUCACUCAAGACAGAGUUCCCAAAGGAUCCUAUGUCUUCCAUACACUUGGAAAAAGGUUGAAACCGAAAUCAAACUUAAUGAAAAAGCAAAGAACCUGUAAAGAGAAAAAACCUCAUAAAUGUAACGAUUGCGGGGAGCUCUUCACUUACCAUUCAGUGCUUAUUCGACACCAGAGAGUCCAUACUGGAGAGAAACCCUAUAGCUGUAAUGAAUGUGGGAAAUCUUUUAGCCACAGAGCUAAUUUAACUAAACAUCAGAGAACUCAUACCAGAAUUCUCUUUGAAUGCAGUGAAUGCAAGAAGGCCUUCACAGAAAGCUCAUCCCUCGCGAUACAUCAGAGAAUUCACAUUGGGGAGAGACCGUAUGAAUGCAAUGAAUGCGGAAAAGGGUUUAAUCGAAGUACACAUCUGGUACAGCAUCAGUUGAUUCAUACUGGAGUGAAGCCGUAUGAAUGUAAUGAAUGUGAUAAAGCUUUCAUUCAUUCCUCAGCUCUUAUUAAACAUCAAAGAACUCAUACUGGAGAGAAACCCUACAAAUGUCAGGAAUGUGGGAAAGCCUUUAGCCACUGCUCAUCCCUUACUAAACAUCAGAGAGUUCAUACUGGAGAAAAGCCAUAUGAAUGUAGCGAAUGUGGAAAAACCUUUAGUCAGAGCACACAUCUUGUUCAGCAUCAGAGAAUCCAUACUGGAGAGAAACCCUAUGAGUGUAACGAAUGUGGGAAAACCUUCAGCCGGAGCUCAAAUUUUGCUAAACAUCAAAGAAUUCAUAUUGGAAAGAAACCGUACAAAUGUAAUGAAUGUGGGAAAGCCUUCAUUCAUUCAUCAGCUCUUAUUCAACACCAGAGAACUCAUACUGGAGAGAAGCCUUACAGAUGUGACGAAUGUGGGAAAAGCUUUAAGUGCAGUUCAUCCCUCAUCAGACAUCAAAGAAUUCAUACUGAAGAGCAACUCUGAAAAAUUACUGAAUGUGAAGAAUUGUAAGUUGGUUUUAUCACUGUGUUAAAUACCUGAGCAUUUAGGUGGAAUACCCAUAAAAUGCUGCUGGAGGACCAAUCGUGUAUGCAUCUGAUUUUACUUGCAUAAUACAUAGUUUUGAGCCAUAAACAGAAUGUUCCUUCUAUCUACUGAUUGAAUCAGUAUGAAAGCUUCUAGCUAGGGAUCUCAAAUUUUGAUCCCCUUCCCCCUUACCCCCACCAAAUACCCUUUCGUGGAAAUUCAAGAAAUCCUUGGGAGUGGAUAACAAUAUCAUUGUGGUGAGAUCUGGGUCCUCCCUCUCUUUGUCACUUCAAAGCCCUGUUUAUAGCUUCUCAUUCUGUACGGAAAUUCUUGUUUGUUAACUUAGGCAGAGGACCCAUAUCUUUAUCAUCAGGAAGGCACAGAGCUGUUCCUCUUUGGAUCCAAAGUAGAUCUCCAGAUAAUACAGGUAGUGUCAUUUCUCCAGAGAGGGUCAUUUCUUUUAUAUUAGCUAUAAAACUUAAAGGUUAAAAGUUGAAAUAUGCUUUGGAUCCUCUCCUUGCCCCAAAGGCUACAUAAAUGCACAUAAAUAGAAUGUAUUUACAGCAGGUUCCAAGUCACAUUCAUUUAAGAUUAUGCUGGUCAUCAGUUUAGAUAAUUGUUACCCUCUACUGUGUAGAUCUUCUUUUUCUACUUCCUUGGAAUUACCCUGAAGUUGAGAAUGGGUCAACCUCUUAACUGUAGUUUUCAGUCAAAUGCCUCUUUUCUCAUCUUUGGCAUUGAAGGAAUCCUGGUUUGUUUGUUUGUUUGUUUGUUUGUUUUUAUACUCACGUGAAGAUUUCAUUUCUUUACAUUAUUCUGCUUUCUGUAAACUAUGUCGCAUUGAGAAAAGGCCCCUGGGAUGUUGAGGGUCUGAAAAGUUGAUGAGUUCGAUGUGUUAUUAUAUUUAGGGUCCCAGUCAAGAGGAAUAAUUGAAGCAACUGUGAGACACAAGGACACACCUUCCUGUCAGAUAUGGAAAUUAGUUCACAAGGCAGUGACUCAUUGGAGGAUAAGCAGCCUCCCUCCAUGAAGAAGAGGUUGCCAUUUCUCUGGCUCUUAAAAGUCUGUCCACACUUUUUGUUGUUAUUACUGUUCUCCCUAUAUGUGUGUUGGUCUUUGCUACAUCCCAGAGCCCUAAAGAAGGUAGAGGGGUGCC